GAAGUAGGCGAUUCCAGACCUCCUCCACAGACUAACAUUACUGAUUCUGUUAAGAGUAGGAUGGGACUGACUUUGACCGAUAAAUACAACUCGUUACUUUUCACACUGGAAUUGAUUUCAUUGGUACAGGCAUCAUGUGCUGGAGGAACAUGUGAAAACGUAUUUAAAGGUUUCUCAGACUGCCUGCUCAGCCUUGGAGAAAACAUGGUGAACUAUUCCCAAGAGCUGGAUGACAGCGAAUACCCACAGACCAUCUGCUCAUAUUGGAAUGACUUCCACUCGUGCACCUCCACCGCAAUUGCAGAUUGUCAAGAAGGCGCAAAAGACCUUUGGGAAAAACUGAAACUGCAGUCCCGGAGCUUGGACUAUCAGAGAAGCUUGUUUGAAUUAUGCUCCGAGGAUAAUGGAGUAUCCAGAGUUUUAUUACCAAUGGAACUGAAGAUACUGCUGAUGUGUUUUGCCACACUGGUGGCUUGGCUUGCUUUUGAGUAAUAAACCCAAAGAUCUGACCUGAAACAAGUUCCUAAAUGGAUAAUAUGCACCCCUGUCUCUCUUCAACAGUUCAUGUUUUGCUGCACAUAAUGAUGAUGGUUAUGUUAAAUA